AUGAGUUCACUGGAAAACAUUAAGAAUGAAGCUGUUGAUCUUGAAAAGAUUCCGGUGGAGGAAGUGUUUGAGCAGUUGCAAUGUACAAGGAAGGGAUUGAGCUCGGAUGAAGCAGAGGCUCGUCUCAAGAUCUUUGGAUUCAACAAGCUGGAAGAAAAAAAGGAAAGUAAACUUCUAAAAUUUUUGGGGUUUAUGUGGAAUCCUUUGUCAUGGGUGAUGGAAGCAGCUGCAAUUAUGGCCAUUGUGUUCACAAAUGGUAACACGAGGGUAUGUGACUAUCAUGAUUUUAUUGGAAUAUUGGUUUUACUGGUGAUCAACUCAACUAUCAGUUUUAUAGAGGAAAAUAAUGCUGGUAAUGCAGCAGCUGCUCUCAUGGCAGGCCUUGCUCCAAAGACCAAGGUUCUGAGAGACGGAGGAUGGAAAGAGGAGGACGCUUCAAUUUUAGUACCAGGGGAUAUGAUUAGCAUCAAGCUGGGAGAUAUUAUUCCUGCAGAUGCUCGUCUGCUAGAGGGUGAUCCCUUAAAGAUUGACCAGUCUGCUCUCACUGGUGAAUCUCUUCCUGUUACAAAGUACCCAGGAGGUGAAGUAUACUCUGGUUCUACUUGUAAGCAAGGAGAAAUUGAGGCCAUUGUUAUUGCUACUGGAGUUCACACAUUCUUCGGAAGAGCUGCCCAUUUAGUUGACUCCACCAACAACGUUGGACAUUUCCAAAAGGUCCUAACAUCUAUUGGUAACUUCUGUAUCUGUUCUAUUGCUAUUGGCAUUGCAAUAGAGCUUAUUGUAAUGUUUCCUAUACAAAGGAGAAAUUACUGGAAAGGAGUAAACAAUCUUCUUGUUUUAUUGAUCGGUGGUAUACCGAUUGCAAUGCCCACUGUGUUAUCUGUAACCAUGGCUAUUGGUUCCCAUCGCCUGUCUCAGCAAGGAGCCAUUACAAAGAGAAUGACUGCCAUUGAAGAAAUGGCUGGAAUGGAUGUCCUCUGUAGUGAUAAAACUGGAACUCUAACACUAAAUAAGCUGAGUGUGGAUAAAAAUCUUAUAGAGAUCUUUACAAAGGGAGUAGACAAAGAACAUGUAGUGUUGCUUGCAGCAAGGGCUUCAAGAACUGAAAAUCAGGAUGCCAUCGAUGCUGCCAUGGUUGGAAUGUUGGCAGACCCAAAGGAGGCCAGAGCAGGGAUCACUGAAGUUCAUUUUCUGCCAUUCAAUCCUAACGACAAGAGAACUGCUCUCACCUACAUUGAUUCGAAAGGAAAUUGGCACAGAGCCAGUAAAGGAGCACCAGAGCAGAUUAUAGAACUUUGCAACUGCAAGGAAGACGUGAAAAAGAAGGUGCAUUCAAUUAUUGAGAAGUUUGCUGAACGUGGGCUUCGAUCUCUGGCUGUGGCCAGACAGGAAGUGCCAGAGAAAAGCAAAGAGAGCGCUGGAGGACCUUGGGAAUUCAUAGGUUUGUUGCCUUUGUUUGACCCUCCUCGCCAUGACAGUGGAGAAACCAUUCGCAGAGCUCUUAACCUUGGAGUCAAUGUAAAGAUGAUCACCGGUGACCAGCUAGCUAUUGCUAAAGAAACAGGACGAAGGCUUGGAAUGGGAACUAAUAUGUAUCCUUCAUCUGCCUUACUUGGCCAAGACAAGAUGAUAUCCGAAGCAUCUGUUCCAAUAGAUGAUCUGAUUGAAAUGGCCGAUGGAUUUGCUGGGGUAUUCCCAGGUAAUGUGAGCAUCAUCUUUUGCACAUUGGAAUAUGCUAUUGAAUUUUCCAAAUUCGAAAAGCUUCUUCAUAUCAUUUUUGUAUUUGUUAAUACAGAACACAAGUAUGAAAUAGUAAAGCGGCUUCAAGAUAGAAAGCACAUCUGUGGAAUGACUGGGGAUGGAGUUAAUGAUGCUCCAGCUCUGAAGAAGGCAGACAUAGGAAUAGCUGUGGCUGAUGCAACAGAUGCUGCAAGGAGUGCUUCUGAUAUUGUUCUGACAGAGCCCGGUCUCAGUGUAAUCAUCAGUGCAGUUCUAACAAGUAGAGCUAUUUUUCAAAGAAUGAAGAAUUAUACUAUAUAUGCAGUUGCUAUAACUAUUCGUAUUGUGCUUGGUUUCAUGCUGAUUGCUCUAAUAUGGAAAUUCGAUUUCAGUCCUCUCAUGGUCUUGAUCAUUGCUGUCCUGAAUGAUGGUACAAUUAUGACCAUUUCUAAGGACCGCGUUAAACCGUCUCAAAUGCCUGAUAGUUGGAAACUGAAAGAAAUAUUUGCAACAGGAGUUGUUCUAGGAACAUACCUAGCAGUCACAACAGUUUUGUUUUUCAAGAUCAUUUAUCAUACAGAUUGGUUCCCGAACCAUUUCAAUGUGAGUCACAUCAAGGAGGACCAUCCUAAAGUUAUGUCCGCCCUGUAUUUGCAAGUGAGCAUUAUAAGCCAGGCUCUGAUUUUUGUCACAAGGUCUCGCAGCUGGUCAUUUUUAGAGAGACCUGGCCUUUUGCUCGUCUCUGCUUUUAUGAUAGCGCAGUUGAUUGCCACUGUGAUUGCAACCUGUGCAACCAAAAGCUGGGUAAAAGUGGCAGAGAUUGAAGGGAUAUCAUGGGGUUGGGCAGGAGUUAUUUGGCUGUAUAGCAUUGUGAUUUAUUUACCAUUGGAUUUGCUCAAAUUUGCAGUUCGUUACGUUCUCAGUGGAAAAGCUUGGAAUAACAUGCUUGAUAACAGGGUGGCAUUGACCUCAAAGAAGAACUAUGGAAAAGAAGAAAGGGAAGCAGAAUGGGCUCGUGCUCAACGUACAAUGCAUGGCCUCGAUUCUUCUGCUAAUUCAAAAUCUAUCAUAGAGAAGGCCUUAGAAAAAGCCAGCUAUGUUGAAUUGUCUGAAAUUGCUGAACAAGCAAAGAGACGUGCUGAAAUUGCAAGGCUAAGGGAGCUGCAUACAUUGAAGGGGCAAAUAGAAUCUACCCUAAAGCUCAGAGGACUGGAUAUUGAUCACAUCCCACAAAACUACACUGUUUAAUCCAUUGGAGCUUGUAAACUCCUUGUAACCCUCCACUGCACAAUGCAUUACAUUGGGUUCCCUCCUCCCUUACUAUAUUUGAAUCUUGUCCUCUCUGUGUUUUUUGAAUGUACUCGCUCUUUCUUUGCCCAAGAAGAUUAUCCACUUGAGCAAAAACACUAUAAUGUUAUA